GAUCACGUGGUCAACCCGGAAGUCUUUGCCGUGCGCUCAACAUGACAGCAUGUUCCCAUCACUCUCAGUCACACAGUAGCUCAGUCUGAGCUGUGACAGGUAUUUCUGUUAUACGUGUUUAUCGUUGAGUAACCUCUCGCGGUAGCAGCAGACAUGGAGGACGAGGUGCGCUGCUUGAAGGCUCAGCUGGAGGAGAGAGAGAAAGAGAUUGAUGCUCUGAAGAAUAGACUGGCCCGAGUGGAGAAGAGCCAUGCCUCAGUACCGGAGCUGCACGAGAAAGUGACACCCCUCACCCCCCUGAGAGUCAAACCAGCCCUCAGCAAUGAGGACAUCAUGCGGUACAGCAGACAGCUCCUUCUGCCCGAGCUCGGUGUACAAGGUCAGCUUAAUUUAUCCAGGACCUCGGUGCUGAUUGUGGGCUGUGGAGGACUGGGCUGCCCCCUGGCACAGUAUCUUGCGGCGGCAGGCAUCGGGCGCAUGGGCCUGCUGGACUACGACGAGGUGGAGCUCAGUAACCUCCACAGACAGGUGCUUCACGGGGAGGAGAACCAGGACCAAGCGAAGGCUCUGUCUGCUGCCAAGGCGAUUAAAAGGUUGAACUCAACAGUAGAGUGUAUUCCCUACCACCUGCAGCUCUCGUCGGAGAACGCCUUGCAACUCAUUCAACAAUAUGACAUUGUGGCGGAUUGUUCAGACAAUGUCCCCACUCGUUAUCUGGUGAAUGACGCCUGCGUACUCAGUGGCAAGCCUCUGGUGUCAGCGAGCGCCCUGAGAAUGGAGGGACAGCUGACAGUAUAUAACUACCGUGGAGGCCCCUGCUACAGAUGUCUGUACCCGGCACCCCCACCCUCGGAGACGGUGACCAAUUGUUCUGACGGAGGGGUGUUAGGAGUGGUUCCAGGGAUAAUGGGCUGCUUUCAAGCUUUGGAAGUCCUCAAGAUUGCCUCUGGACAGGGCUCUUCCUGUGGCCAGCAGCUGGUGAUGUUUGACGCUCAAGACGCCAGAUUCAGGUCCAUCAAGUUGCGGCCCAAGCAGGCCAGCUGCGCAGUGUGCGGAGAGAAGCCCAGUGUCACCCAGCUGGUGGACUACGAGGCUUUCUGUGGGUCAGCUGCCACAGAUAAGUGCCGCAAACUCAACCUCCUUUCCAGAGAUCAGAGGAUCACCGUACAGGAUUAUAAAUUGAUAAUGGACAAUGCAGAGCCCCAUCUCUUGUUGGAUGUGCGCCCUCCUGUGGAGGUGGAUAUAUGCCACCUACCUUUUUCUCUCAACAUUCCCCUCACAAGUUUAGAGGAGAGGAAGAGUGAACAUAUCCAAUUACUUCAGGAGAGAAUCAGCCAGUUGAAACAGCGGAUGAAGGGUGACUGCCGGCUUCCAGUGUACGUGAUCUGUAAGCUGGGCAACGACUCACAGAAGGCCGUGCAGGUUGUGGAGAAGAUGAGUGGAUCAGAAGUGGACAGUGUCACAGUGAAAGACAUCAGUGGAGGCCUCAUGGCUUGGGCAAAGAAAAUAGACCCCACAUUUCCACAGUAUUAAUCUAUUUCAAAGUUGUUUUCUGUCAAUAAACUUGUUUUUUCAUCAGUG